AGUGAGAGGCUCAGUCGGGUGGGAAUGGGUACUAGGCGCCCUGAGGACCAGGUCCCGUUGGCGCUGAGUUUGGAGUCACUCUGCGUACCUACCCAAGAGGAGUCGCAGGUUAAGCGCGUUUCUUCCGGUCUCUAGCCCGCUUCACUAUGGCUCACGUUGGCUCUCGCAAGCGCUCGAGAAGUCGCAGUCGGUCCCGAGGUCGGCGAGGGUCAGAAAAGCGAAGUAAGAAGAGUAGUAAGGACGCCUCAAGGGACUGCUCAGCCUCCAGAUCCCAAGGUCACAAGGCCAGCAGCAUCUCCGGUGCUGAGGAGAGAAGCAAGCACAAGGCCCGGAGGACAGCGAGAUCCAGCUCUUCCUCCUCCUCCUCCUCUUCCAGCUCCGCAUCAUCUUCUUCUUCCAGCGAUGGCCGGAAGAAGCGAGGGAAACACAAGGAUAAGAAAAGGAAGAAGAAGAAGAAACGGAAGAAGAAGCUGAAGAAGAAGGGCAAGGAGAAGGCAGUGGCGGUGCACAAGGCGGAGGCUUUGCCUGGCCCUUCCCUGGAUCAGUGGCACAAAUCAGCUGGGGAGGACAACGAUGGCCCAGUCCUGACAGAUGAGCAGAAGUCUCGCAUCCAGGCCAUGAAGCCCAUGACAAAGGAGGAGUGGGAUGCUCGACAGAGUGUCAUUCGCAAGGUGGUGGACCCAGAGACAGGACGCACAAGGCUCAUCAAGGGAGAUGGUGAGGUUUUAGAGGAAAUUGUAACCAAAGAACGACACCGAGAGAUCAAUAAGCAAGCCACCCGAGGGGAUGGCCUGGCCUUCCAGAUGCGAGCUGGCCUGCUUCCAUGAGGGCCCUGCCGUCGUGGGUUUGUCAACUUC